AUUCAAUUCCCAUCUGCGAUCUUCCCUCACCCCUUGCCUCCCUCGAUUUUACGACCCGCCCACAAGAAACUCCAUCGAUCGCACUCCAUGGACGAGAGGAUUGCGAUGAACCGGGACGACCCCGCCGCGGACGCGGCUGCAGUCCUGGUUCUGGCGGGCUACGGCGUUCUUGAUCUUGCGACGCCGCCGCCGCCGCCUUCGGGUUUUGCUGCGGCGGGCGGGGAACAAGAAGAUGCCGCGGUUCUUGCGGAUGGGGAGAUGGAGGCGGUGGAUUCCGAUGACGACGACAGCGAUGACGCGGCAGGUUCGUCUUCGCCGUGCCCGUGCGACUGGUGCCGGAGCCAAUCGAUCCUCUCGGGCGAGCAACAGCCGGAGGAAGAACCCCAGGAGGCGCGCCUCGACGAGGCGUUCUACGGCAGCGACGAUGACGAUGACGACGAGGUCGACGUGCCGCUCAAGAUCGACGGCGGCGAUCAAACGGCCUGCUCAAGCCGUGAGUCGAAAUCGAUGCCUCUAAUCCCCCGGCGUUUCGUCCCGCUCCCGGAAGGCCGGAACUUCGUCGGCCCGGCCCCGCGGUUCGCCUCGGCUGGGAACACCGCCGGCUUCCUGCGGGUCUACGCCGAGGACGAGGAGACCCACGAAGAAGAAGAAGGCAAGAAGCAGCGGAAGGAGAUCCUGGUGCUCUACCGCUGCACCCGCUUCGUCUCCAACGGCAGGAGAGGCGGCCGUGGCGUGAAGGCGAGCGGGGGCGCGAAGCUGCACGAGCUGCGGUUCGUCGUCCCGGACACCGGCGACGCGGCGGGCUCGCUGCCGUGGGCCGGGUCGUCGCUGGCGCCGCUGAUCUACCCCGUGCGCCACAGCAGGGCGCUCCAGGCGCUGUGGUCGCGCUUGGUCUCCACGGUGCGCGUCCCGCCGCGGGCGGGGCGCGUCCAGGUGCUUGCCGAUGUCGGCAUCCUCCGGCGCCGGGACUACACACCGAGGCGCAUGGAGCGCGUGCGCGCCAGGCUGGAACGGAUGAUGGCCGCACCCUGGCCCGGGUACCACGUCGCCAUGGAGCUGCAGCUGCCCGAGCCAGUUCUUCUGGGCGCGAACGCAGAGGCCGCCGGCGACGAGGAGGACGACACUGACGGUGGGCGGCCGGCGAAGAGGAGGAAGGUCGUGGCGGAUGUCGCCGGGCAGGAGUGCCCCGUUUGCUUCGAGCUGCUCGAGAGCGGCCUCGCCGCGUGGCCCGGGUGCUCCCUGCCCCAUGUCUUCCAUGGCGAAUGCUUGGAGCUCUGCCUCAAGGAGAGCGAGGCGUGCCCCAUCUGCAGGCGCAAGCUGUCGGCUCCGACAGAUGGAUGAAUGCUAAGCGAGCGACAGACAAGCUGUAGCGUUUUUUGAAGGGAAUGCAGUUGCAUCUUCCUUUAUGCAGCUAGAACAAGUUUCCUUCAGAUUUUGUUGUUGUUUCAAGAAUUCUUCAGAGAUGAACUGAACUAGGUUAUGAGAUGUAUUUGAUGGGAACAUACCACUGUAAAAAAACCAUGUUUGAUCAA